UGGACAGCUGACUAUGUACUUAUAUGUUUUUUCUUGUUUUUUUUUACGUAUAUGAAAUUGAAGCUCUGUAGGAAUUCGAAUUUCAUUACCAGAAAGCCAUGAGAAUGUCGGCCCUCACCAAGAACCGACUUCGUGGAAGAAUGCAUAAGUAAAAAACGAGUAGAAAGAAUGGAAUCAAAUAAAACUGUAAAUGUAGAUGAAUUAGUUACUAGAUUCAAAAGAGAAGGCCAUUUCGACCGUUUACGAAAAUUCGUCCUUGAAACAUUCAAAGAAAAGGAAUCGGAAGGAUUCGCUGAACAAAUUAGAACAAUUGCUGAAAUGGAACUCGACAAAGAUCCGUCUUUAAAAUUGAAGGAUCAUUUUCGAACGGCACCUUUGAUUGCGGGUGCUGUUGACCGGACGUCGCUUUAUGAAAACACGAUGGAGAAUAUAAAGAAUAAUAUUUUGUCGAAAGAAGAACUUAAACUAAAUGUUCAAGAGGUUAUGAAGGAAUUAUGUUACAGAGAAACAGAAGGACAUCGCCAAAGCUAAACACGAAGCAAUUUUACGACGAAACUACACUCCUUUUUCUAGUUAGUUUCGAAUGGUUGAUUCUUUAUUUUUUUACUACAUAAAAUCUAAACUACGUCGUCAUGUAUUUGUUAUAAACUGGGGACCAAUGGAAUUAUGAAUGCAGUGCAGAAUAUCCCAUUGACAUACGAAUAUGCCGAAACAAAGCAGAAAAAUAUUGGGCUAGGUCGGACUAGCGGAAGAAGCGUGCUGAACUCUUGGAAAGUCAUCAAAUUGAUACCGGAAACUUGAUGAUCGCCAAAGUCAUUUGUUGAGGGAUAGCUAAUUAAACAAAAAUCAUUUUGACACGGGAAAAUGGCGAGAAGCCGUGUAAUACUGUAAUUAUCUUGAUCAGUCUGCUAAAGAACGUAGAUUAAAAGAUAAUAACCCCCAUCAAUGAUUGAAAAAAGUCGAUUAGAAGAAAUAAAAUAAUGAACAAAAAGUAACAAAGCGCACGAAGAUUAAGCCGAAAAUAAAAACAAUUGCAUUACAGUUCAUGAA